AUGGGUAGCCCUACUUCACCAAUCUUAUGCGAUUUGGUGAUGGAAGGCCUUCUGCGAAAUUGCACCAAAAAACUCGAUUUCCCAGUACCCCUGCUGAUCAAAUAUGUUGAUGACUUAUUACUAGCUUUGCCCAACAACCAACUAACCCACGUACUCCAGACGUUCAACUCCUAUCAUCCAAAAAUGCAAUUUACGAUGGAAACAGCCAAAAACAACAGUAUCGCUUUUCUAGAUACUUUCAUCACCAUUAAUGAAGACAGGACGUUGAGCACUGAAUGGUACAGCAAAGACAUUUCAUCAGGCCGCCUAUUGAACUACCACUCAUUUCACCCGAUUAGCGUCAAACUAAACGUAGCCCGAAACUUCGUCAAACGAUCAACAACUCCAAACAUCACCACCGAACAACAUCCAACCGACCAGCAUCCUACUGAACAGCAUCCAAUCGAACAGCAUCCAAUCGAACAGCAUCCAACCCAACAGCAACCAGCCAUCAUACCACCCACCCAACAACAGCAUAAACCAAACAACGAAGAUCACCAAUCAACUGCCGUAGAACAACAAACACAACACCACUCAGAAAGCAAUCUCCAGACCGAGCAAACAACAACAGAAUCCAGCAUCAAUCCUCUGCAAAUCCGAUAUUUUCCGCUCACUUUCAUCCCCAACCUAUCAAGCCACAUCUCAAAAAUCCUGAAAACCGAUUACGCUGAAAUUCACAUCGCUAAUUGCAUUCCAAAGCCGCUUGGAAUGUUAUUGCCACGAGCCAAAGACCCGAUUGCUUCAUCUGAAACACCAAACAUCAUCUAUUCCAUCCCGUGUAGCAGCUGCCCAAAACAGUACAUCGGUAUGAGUCGUAACAACUUGAAAACAAGACUCGUUGGACACAAGUCAAACAUCAAGAAGUAUGAACAGCUAUCUACACGGGAUUCCACCCAAACGAACACCGAGAAAGCGAGAAUGAGAGAGAACUGUACCGCUCUUCUGGCUCAUAUCAUUGAUGAAGGCCACACGAUGGAUCUCAAGAAAGCCAGAGUCAUUGAUAGAACCAGAAGAUCGAGCGCUCUCCCAAUCCUGAAAAUGUGUCACAUCUACACAAACACGAACACAUUAAACUUUAAAACCGACGUAAACAACCUCAGUUCCACAUAUGCAAACAUCCUACAAUGUACAACCUCACGAAAACAAAAAACAAAUGUUAGUAACAUAGCAAUAACACGAUCAAAACACUAA